CAGGGGCUGGACCCGGCGCGAACAAGACAAGCCGGAGCGUCCUUUGUGCCGGGCGACCGCCCCGGGAUGCGUCCGAGCUAGGAGUCAGGUCCAGGAUGGGGGCCACGUCUGUCUGGGCCUUGGGCCUCCUGAUGCUCCAGAUGCUGCUGUUUGUGGCUGGGGAACAGAGCACACAGGAUGCCACUGCUGCUGCCUCUGCUGCCGCCAACAAGGGGCUCCACAUGCAGAAGGUGGGGUCGGGGUUGGUUCGGGCUGCGCUGGCAGAGUUAGUGGCCCUGCCCUGUCUCUUCACCCUGCGACCAUGGCCAGAUGCAGGCCGAGAAGCCCCUCGGAUCAAGUGGACCAAGGUGCGGACUGCAUCAGGCCAGCGGCAGGACUUGCCUAUUCUGGUGGCCAAGGACAAUGUGGUUCGAGUGGCCAAGGGCUGGCAAGGACGUGUUUCACUGCCUGCCUACCCCCGGCACCGGGCCAACGCGACGCUACUACUGGGACCACUGAGAGCCAGCGACUCUGGGCUCUACCGCUGCCAGGUGGUGAGGGGCAUAGAGGAUGAGCAGGACCUCGUGCCCCUGGAGGUGACAGGUGUUGUGUUCCACUACCGGGCAGCCCAGGAUCGCUAUGCACUGACCUUCGCAGAGGCCCAGGAGGCCUGCCGUCUCAGCUCAGCCACCAUUGCAGCCCCACGGCACCUGCAGGCUGCCUUUGAAGAUGGCUUUGACAACUGUGACGCCGGGUGGCUCUCUGACCGCACUGUUCGGUAUCCUAUCACCCAGUCCCGUCCUGGUUGCUAUGGCGACCGUAGCAGCCUUCCAGGGGUGAGGAGCUAUGGGAGGCGCGACCCACGGGAACUCUACGAUGUGUAUUGCUUUGCCCGUGAGCUGGGGGGCGAGGUCUUCUAUGUGGGCCCGGCCCGCCGCCUGACCCUGGCCGGCGCGCGUGCCCAGUGCCGCCGCCAGGGCGCCGCGCUAGCCUCGGUGGGACAGCUGCACUUGGCCUGGCACGAGGGCCUGGACCAGUGCGACCCGGGCUGGCUAGCCGACGGCAGCGUGCGCUACCCGAUCCAGACGCCGCGCCGGCGCUGCGGCGGCCCAACCCCCGGCGUGCGCACAGUCUACCGUUUCGCCAACCGCACUGGCUUCCCGGCGCCCGGAGCGCGCUUCGAUGCCUACUGCUUCCGAGCUCAUCAUCCUACACCACCACAUGGAGACCCAGAGACCCCCUCAUCUGGGGAUGAGGGGGAGAUUCUGUCAGCAGAAGGGCCUCCAGCCCAAGAAGUGGAACCCAGCACUGGGGAGGAGACGGUCACCCCUGACUUCCAGGAGCCUCUAGUAUCCAGUGGGGAAGAAGAGCCUCUGAUCUUGGCAGAGAAGCAGGAGUCUCAGGCGACCCGCAGCCCUGCUCCUGGAGGCUUCAUGCUAGCCUCAAGGCCCCCCCGGGAGGCUGAAGAGGUGUGGCCGAGCACAGUGGCCCCCAGCCCUAGCAGCCCCAGCACUGCGGUGGGCGCUCACACGGAGGCGACUCCAACUGGCCCCGUGCCCAGGAGGAGGGGACGCUUUAAAGGGUUGAAUGGGCGCCACUUCCAGCAGCAGGAACCCCACCGAGGCCUGGAGGUGGGGCUUGAGGCCAGCACCCAGGCCCCGACCCCAGAGGCUGCUGGGAAUCACGUGGAGCCUCUGCUGGCCACAGGAGCCACAGAUGCUUCAGGGGAUAGCCGGAGCCAAAGCCCUUGGGCUGUGCUGACCAAUGAAGUGGAUGUGCCUGGAGCUGGUUCCCCUGGUGGCAGGAGCCCCCCAGAGCCCUGGCUGUGGCCCCCGACCGUGGCCCCACCCAGCGUCCCAGGCCCCAGCAGCGUUGCUGGCCUGGAACUAGAGGAAGCCAAGGGCCCCAGUGUGAGGCCAGCCGCUCCUGAACUGUCCUGGUCUCCCUCAGAGGUCACUGCCCUAGAACCCAACCCCUCAGAGGGUCCCAGCAGUGCCCCCUGGGAGGUAUCCCCCAUGGUCACUUCCCCAGACUUUCCUGUCGUGGCCAUGCUUCGUGCCCCCAAACUGUGGCUUCAUCCAAACCCGACGCCCCUCCCCACGCAGGCCAACAGGGUCAAGGGGCAUAGUGAGGCCGUGGCUUCUGCACCACCCUCCCCUGCCUCAGACACUGAGGCUGUCCCCCAGGACCCUAUCUAUCUAGAAAUGCAUUCCUUGCCCCUCUCCUCAGGCCCAACAGGACAGGGUAGAGAGGCCACACCCCCGACAGUCAGCGGCCACAGAGCAGGAAGUGCAGUAGCUCCUUUGCAGACAGCCACAGACACACAAGCCAGUCCUAACUCUCCCAGGGCAGACUUGGGAGAAAUUGGGGGGACCAGCCCUACUGGGCCCAGCAAAGCUGAGCGCCCCAGAUCCAGUCCACAAGCUGCUGUGGACAGGAAUGUGGCGGAAGAUUUCACCGCCACUGAGACUGCCACCGAGCCCACGGGAGUGAGAGACAUCUCGGGGUCUGAGUCUGGGGUCUUCGGCACAGCAGAAAGCCCCACUUUUGGCGCUCAGGCCACCACGGACAAGGCACAGGGCACGUGGCCCUCACUGCACAGUGAAGGGCUGGACUCCCACCCCCCAUCUGCACCCUCGGGUGUUCCUAGAGUCCUCUUGAUUCCUGGGGUCACCCCAAGUUUGGAGCCUUGGGCCACUAUAAAUGGAGAAGCCGUGGUGGGGCCCACAGAUUCCACGGCCACACUGGCCCCCAGUGAUGCUGGUGGGAUUUGGGCACCUGGAUCCCAUGUGGUUGAGGGAGCUGAAAGCCCCACCCUGAGCCCUCGAGUGGCCGUGGAUUCAAGCGUAGUGAUGUCCCUCAUGUCCGUGGACGAAGGGGACAAGGCUGGAGUCCUGGCCAUGUCCACAGUGGCCUCCUCGAGCUCCCAACCCCAUCCAGAGCCGGAGGGCCAGAUGGUGACCCAGGGAAUACUGGGAGCCUUGGCCCCUUCACAGGACAGCAGCCGCCCAGGGGAGCCUGUUUUUCCUCCUUGGACACCAACGGCAGCCAGCACGGACAAGCCUGUCUCAGUUUCCUCAGGAGAGCUUACAGUGCCGGGUGACUCUCCCAGCACCCCACUGCCGGCCUCCCUGGGCCCAGAGGAGUUUGAGCUGGAGGUCCUUUCAGGGAGCCCAGGUGUGGAGGGCUUCUGGGAGGAGGCAGCGAGUGGAGAAGAGCCGACCCUGCCAGGGACCCCAGCAAAUGGAAGUACAGAGGAGGCCCCCUUGGAUCCCUGCGAGAACAACCCUUGCCUGCAUGGGGGCACCUGUAAAGCCAACGGCACCGUGUACGGCUGUAGCUGUGACCAGGGCUUCGCCGGGGAGAACUGUGAGAUUGAUAUUGAUGACUGUGUCUCCAGCCCAUGUGAGAACGGAGGCACCUGCAUUGAUGAGGUCAACACGUUCGUCUGCCUUUGCCUCCCCAGCUACGGGGGUAGCCUCUGCGAGAAAGACACAGAGGGCUGUGACCACGGCUGGCACAAGUUCCAGGGCCACUGCUACCGCUACUUUGCCCAUCGACGGGCGUGGGAGGACGCCGAGAGGGACUGCCGCCGCCGAGCGGGCCACCUGACCAGCGUCCACUCACCCGAGGAACACAGCUUCAUUAACAGCUUUGGGCGUGAAAACACUUGGAUCGGCCUGAAUGACAGGAUCGUGGAGAGGGAUUUCCAGUGGACGGACAACACGGGGCUGCAAUAUGAGAACUGGCGGGAGAACCAGCCUGACAAUUUCUUCGCGGGUGGGGAGGACUGUGUGGUGAUGGUUGCACAUGAGAGCGGGCGCUGGAACGACGUUCCCUGUAACUACAACCUCCCCUAUGUCUGUAAGAAGGGAACAGUGCUGUGUGGUCCCCCUCCAGCGGUACAGAAUGCCUCACCCAUUGGUGCUCGCAAGGCCAAGUAUAAUGUUCAUGCCACUGUACGAUACCAAUGUGAUGAAGGAUUUACCCAGCACCAUGUGGCCGUCAUCCGAUGCCGGAGCAAUGGCAAGUGGGACCAGCCCCAAAUCGUCUGCACCAAACCCAGACGGUCCCAUCGGAUGCGGCGACACCAUCACCACCACCAGCACCAUCACCAGCAUCACCACCAUAAAUCGCACAAGGAGCGCAGAAAACACAAGAAACACCCAGCAGAGGACUGGGAGAAGGAAGAAGGGAAUUUCUGCUGAAGAACCAGGCAAAAGGAAGCACAACCCCUUUCCCACACCUUCCCCGGAGCCUUCACCUGGGGAGACAGAGCCCAGAGAAAAACAAGAGGGUCUGGAAGUCCCUGAGCCCCAAACCACACCCCCCCAC